AUGGCUAACAUUCCCAAAGAGUCUCCCAUAUCACCUACAACAGGAUUCCUCCUCCGGCCUUGCUCACCGGGCAUCAUCGGCCAAAGCCUCUCGGCCUCCACAUUACGGGGGAAGAUCCAGAGCCUGCCCCUCUAUUUAUCUCGCUCCCAGGAAACCCUCACCCUCUCUGGGGUGGGCAGCACCACCAGGAGCCCCUCUCAGGAGCCCACCAGCGACAAGACUGAGGUAACGGUCACAACCGAAACCGCCAAGGACGACGAUGUCACAGCGGUGGUGACAGUGGAGGAUUCGAAAGAUUCCGGGGUGGCGUUGGCGGAGUCGGAUGAUUCCGAGGUCACGCUGACGGAAUCGGAGGUUGGCGAGGUUGUCGUGGAGACGGCCGGGGCGGAAAUCACGAGGUUGACGGUGUCGGAGGUCAAGGAGGUGGUCGAGAAGGUUGUGAUGGUCUACGGAUCCUCCCCUCCUCCUCCUUUAGCAUCCAUCUCUGUAGAGCCCAAACCAGAACCCAAAAUGGUUGCCAAGUUGCCUACCUGUCCCAUUGCUACAGUGGAAACCACCCCUCCUAUGGCUACAGCACCUAUCUGUCUGGAGCCCAUACCAGUCUCUGAACUACUCUCCCCAAGCCCCACUAUCCACAAAAUGGCCGCCCCAUUACCUUCCUGUCCUUCCUCUCCUGUGCCCAUACGCGUAGAGCCCAAACCAGAACAUGAAUCACUAUCCAUACGCUCCAAAAUGGCCACCUUAUCGUCCUCUUGUCCCCCUGCUUUAGUGGUAACCACACAGAGUCUGAAUUCCCCUUCUUCUAAUCCUCCCCCAAUCAGAGUAGAACCCAAGACAGACCCUUGCCCUGAACCACUAUCCCUAGACCCCAAAAUGUCCUCUCCGUUGUCUUCCUGCCCCUCUGCUAUAGUGGUGACCACACAGAGUCUGAAUGGACCGGGGCUCAGCUUCCCUGGUUAUAACAUGAGAGGACGGCCAUUCGGGGGAAACAGCUUCUGUAAACCCCCAGGGGAGGAGGCAGGCCUGCUGAACUCCCUGACUACAGGCUGUGGGGUCUUCACCUCCACCUGUGAGACCCAGCCCAACCAGGCCCACAUGGAAUCCUACCCGCUGGAGAAGCCUGACUUAGGGUGUAGUUCGGUGCUGGUGUCGGGGUGCGAGGCGGUCCUGGAGGGGGUGCAGACGCCCCUGGAGGCAUGCAGGUGUCCGCCACCGCUAGUUUAUAACAACUGUUUCAGUGGGGGUGACAGCUUCGACGAUGAGUUGACAGUUUACGAGUUCUCCUGCCGGACAAGUUCUCCUCCCGCCUCCCAACCCUCUUCCUCUGCGCUGGCCCUCCCUCUCUCUCCUCUCUCCUCCUUCCUCUCCUCCUCCCCUCCCUCCUCUCUCCUCUCUCCCUCCUUCCCUCGCUCUGUCAUGCCCCCAUCCUCCUCCAUGGAGCUCUCCCCUAUUCUCUCCCCGCUCCUCUCCCCAUCCAACUGCUUCUUGUCCCAGUCCAGUCUCCAGGACGAUAUCGGCCGACUACGCCACCGCCGCUUCCCACCGCCCCCAGCAGGGUUCCAGACUAUCCGGAGCGACGUGGACGAGCUUAUCACCCUCCUGCAGGGAGGGAGGAUGGGGGGGAGAGGGGGGAGGCACCCAAGGGAGACCUGCGCCACCCACUUCUCAGAGAACAAGCGUCUUCUCCACGGGGAGGCCCGGAGGCUGAUGGCCGGCUGUCAGAAGGUGGUCCGGGUGGGGCAGACCCCGGACGAGAUGCUCUUGUCCCUGUCCGACAGCUUCAAGACCCUGGUGGGCAUGGCCGGCAUGUGCCUGUGGUUCUCCGGGUGCGACCGGUGCGACCGGAGGAACGCUGAGGCGCUGGCUGGGCUGGCGGACGUGGCCAGGACGUACCGGGAGUUUGUGCUGGCAGCGGAGAGGGCAAGCGGGAGGCGGAGCUGUCAUGACCUCAGCACCAAGCUCCUUGCCAAGCAGUGUACUGCCCUCACUGCUUCCGUCUUCUGCCUCACACAGCUGUUCCGCACACUCACCGCCCUCUGA